UCCGGAGCGCAUCGCUCGCCGUGGGUCGGCGUGUUGUUGCAGCGUCAUGCUGUUUGAAUGAAGCUCGGCUCGAGCAGCAGCAGCAGCACUUCUGGGACUGACACGGCACUAACCCCCCAGCCGAACCACUGAGACCCUCCAACAUGCCGGUGUUUACAGUUAACGUGAAAUGGGGAAAGGAGAAGUUUGACGCAGUGGAGCUGAACACCGAGGAACCACCCAUGGUGUUCAAGGCUCAGCUCUUCGCCCUGACAGGAGUUCAGCCAGACAGACAGAAGGUCAUGGUGAAGGGAGGCACCCUGAAGGAUGAUGAAUGGGGAAACAUCAAACUGAAAAAUGGAAUGACUCUGUUGAUGAUGGGCUCAGCAGAGGCCCUUCCUGAAGAACCUGCUGUCCGACCCAUGUUUGUGGAGGACAUGACCGAAGAACAGCUGGCCUCAGCGAUGGAGCUGCCUUGUGGGCUGACAAAUUUGGGCAACACUUGCUACAUGAACGCCACAGUGCAGUGUCUACGUUCUGUGCCAGAGCUGAAAUCUGCACUCAGGAAGUAUGCAGGUGCUCUGCGAUCUUCAGGGGCAAGCGCACCAUCACAGUACAUCACUGCAGCCCUUCGUGACUUGUACGAGACUAUGGACAAGACCUCGUCCAGCCUCCCACCUAUUAUCUUGCUGCAGUUCCUCCACAUGGCCUUCCCCCAGUUUGCUGAGAAGGGGGACCAGGGACAAUACCUUCAGCAGGAUGCUAACGAGUGCUGGCUCCAGAUUAUGAGAGUCCUUCAGCAAAAGUUGGAGCCACUUGAGCCAGAGACUACCAUGGAGACUGACGCAGAGAGCGGUGCUGCUUCUGCCUCUUCUAAGAAGAACUUCAUUGACCAGUAUUUUGGUGUAGAAUUUGAAACUGCCAUGAAAUGCACAGAGUCUGAGGAGGAAGAACCAAUCAAGGGCAAGGAAAACCAGCUUCAGCUCAGCUGCUUUAUCAAUCAAGAAGUUAAAUACCUUGCAACAGGACUCAGGCUGCGACUGCAAGAGGAGAUCACAAAAAUGUCUCCAACCCUGGACAGAAAUGCACUGUAUAUAAAAUCUUCAAAACUUAGCCGUGUCCCUGCCUACUUGACUAUUCAGAUGGUCAGAUUUUUCUACAAAGAGAAAGAGUCUGUCAAUGCAAAAGUUCUAAAGGAUGUCAAAUUCCCGCUUAUGUUGGAUGUUUAUGAGCUGUGCACCGCAGAACUCCAGGAGAAGAUGUUGCCAAUCAGGUCAAAGUUUAAGGAGGUAGAGGACAAGAAGCUAGAGAAACAGCAACAAAAGGUGUUGAAAAAGCCAGAUGCGGCGAAAGAAGUGAAAUAUGAGCCUGUCUCGUUCCCAGAAGACCUGGGUUCCAACAACAGUGGCUACUACGACCUGCAGGGUGUGCUGACACACCAGGGCCGCUCCAGCUCAUCAGGCCACUACGUAGGAUGGGUCAAGAGGAAAGAAGAUGAGUGGGUGAAGUUUGACGAUGACAAGGUGAGUGUGGUGUCUCCGGAGGAUAUCCUGCGACUCUCUGGCGGUGGAGACUGGCAUAUAGCGUAUGUCCUACUGUACGGGCCUCGCCGGCUGGAAAUACUUGAAGAGGAACAGUAGCUGUUGGAAGAUCUUAGACAACACCCACACCUACAGAUUGCCAUUUCCAAGCACUGUCUGCAUAGAUGUGCAAUAAAACUUGUGUCUUUAAUGAUUUGAUGACCUUAAUUUUUUUUUUUUUUUUGUAACCAACACAGAUGCUUGUAAAACAAUUUGUGUUAAAAUAUUCAACCAUAGUUGGCUUUGAAAAUGGAGAUGAGAGAGGCAAUCUCUGGACUGGUUCCUUAAGGUUUUUACGUCAAGCUUUGCAGUUUCAUUAAAUGUUUUAUACACAUUGUAUAUUUUUAAAGCCUUUGAUAAGGUGACCAUAUGAGAGCAAAGUAUUUCUCUUUAAGUCGUGUAAUCAAUUGUACAAAAAUGCCAAGUCACGUUAUUGUUCGACAAACUGGCUUGUGUCAUUGAAGAUGUAUUACAAAAACACUGUAAAGACCUGUUCACCUGUUGACCCUCUGGGAAAAUCGGGUUCAAUCUCAGGUCUUUUUAAGUGCUUGGCUCUCAUCAUCUCCUGUGAUUGUUCUCAAAGUGUAUUGACAGAUGAGGUUCUGCCUGCCAAACCGUCAUUAAUGCUCUUUUUGGGGAAAAGGUUCAGAACAGGUUGCCCUUGUGGUGAACCGUGUGCUGUUAAAUAAAGACUUGAGAUUAAACCGUGACAGUUUGCUCAGUAGGCUUUGAACAUUGCUCUUUGUGAUGCCGACUUCAGACUUAUAUUUCACUUUCUCUGUGCAGACUUCCUGAUCUUCCUGCCACAAUGUCUAAAACAAACAAGCUGUAAUAAGUUAUUGACAAGCUUUUCAUAGGUGGUGAAAAUAAACUGCUAUACCAAA